AUGAAAAAACAAGACUUAGUUAAAAAAAAAUAUGAAGCACCAAAAGCAAUAAAUAAUAAAAAACGUUUCGUAUUUAAGAAUGAAUUUAAAUAUGUAGAUGCUACAAACAUUUUAAAAAAUAUAUUUUUAAAAGAAAACCCUCCCAAGCCAAAUUUAUUAGUAAAAAAGGCGCAAACGGUAAAAGGUUAUAUUGCAAAUAAAAAAAUAAACGAUGUUCUUAUUAAAAAAAAAAAACGUGACACAUUAGAAGAUACACAAAAAAAUGUUGAUAAGAAAAAUGAUUAUCUAUAUAGAAAUAAUAAAUCAUUACGAAAAGGCACUGAACCAAACAACACAUUCUUAAUUAAAUCUAGCUCGCCUAAAAUAUCUAACUUUCAAAAGAAUAAGAAAAUGGGCACUUCUGUGAUUUCUACAAAACCCGUUUCUACGAAGAAUAAUAUGAGCCUUUUUCAGCGCCCCCGACGAAAAAAUAUAAUUUAUUCAUCUCUCGAUUCGUCAGAAGAGGGAAAAGAAGUAAUAGAAGAGGAAGAAGAGGAAUAUGAAGAAGUGGAAGUAGAAGAAGAAGAAGAAGUAGAAGAUGAAUAUGAAGAAGUGGAAGUGGAAGAGGAAUAUGAAGAAGUGGAAGUAGAAGAAGAAGUAGAAGAAGUAGAAGAGGAAUAUGAAGAAGUGGAAGAGGAAGAAGAAGUAGAAGAGGAAUAUGAAGAAGUGGAAGAGGAAGAAGAAGUAGAAGAAGAGCAUGAAGAAAUAGAAGAAGAUGAUGAGGUGAUAGAAGAAGAAGAAGAUGCUGAGGUAAUAGAAGAAGAAGAAGAUGAUGAGGUGAUAGAAGAAGAAGAAGAUGAUGAGGUGAUAGAAGAAGAAGAAGAUGAUGAGGUAAUAGAAGAAGAAGAAGAAGAUGAUGAGGUAAUAGAAGAAGAAGAAGAAGAUGAUGAGGUAAUAGAAGAAGAAGAAGAUGAUGAGAUAAUAGGAGAGGAAGAUGAAGAGGACGAGAUGGGCGAAAAAGAAAGUACCCAAAGUGUAACAAACAAUAAAAAUGAAGAAUUAAUGAAAGAUAAAGAAAAUGAAAUAAAGUGUAAUAUUGUAAUGGACAAUAAAGAAUAUAUAAAAAAGGAAAGCGAAGUAAUAAUUGGAAAAAAAGUAGAUAAUGAUGAAAAAACAGUUGAUGGUGAAAAUAAUUUUAAAAAUUAUAUAGAUAAAAUACAAGAAAAGGAUCCUAAUUAUUUAAUACUUGUAAAUAACAUAAUGGAAAAUUUAUUAAAGUAUGAUGAUUUUUAUAAUCAUAUUAAAAAUAGCAUAAAUUUUUACUAUACUAAGAAUGCGAUAAAUAAUAGUUACUUUAAGCUUUUAACUGAUGAUAUAAAUUUCAACAUUAUUGAUAAACAAAAUUCUGGAAAUAUUGUCUACAAUAAUGAAAAUAAUAAUCAUUUUGAAAAAAAAAAUUCAGAUGAAUUACGCAUUGAGAAGGACGAAAUUAAUGAAAGAAAUUACGAAGUGGAUGUAUCAUCAAAAACACAGAAUAGCGAUGUGAAGAACCACAAAAGCAAAAUCGAAGAAUAUAUCAUAGAAAAUAAACAAGACAUAAAAAAGGAAAUAAAACAAAAACAUGUAGGAACUGAUACGCUUGAUAUAAAUAACGAAACUACAAUAAUGAUGGAGGAAAAUGAAAAUAAUGAGAAUGAUAUAAAAAGCAAGGAUUAUCAAAUGAUUGAAACAAAUGAGGAUGCAAAGAUAAGUCAAGACAAUAAUAAUAAUAAUAACAAUAAUAAUGGUAAUAGUAGUAUAGAAAACUAUAGAUAUCCCGAAUCUGAAAAUGUCGAUUGCGUGAUAAAUCAAUCCAAUAGUGUUGAAUAUAACAAACAACUUAUAAACAUAAGUAAACAGGAUGAUAGCAUAAGUGAAUCAGAUACAUGUUCCAGUGAAAAAGAAGUUGAAGACAAUGAAUAUGAAGAGCGUGAUGAUACGAAAAAAGAUGGCAAUGAAAUUGACAAAAUUGAUAGUAAAUGUGACGAAGAUGAUAAUGAAGAAAGAGAAGAAAUUAUAACUAAAGAGAAAAAUGAAUCAGGAAGAAAAGUAAAAAGGGGAGAUGAACCAACUUCAGGUGAAAAAGAAAAUGAAAACUUAUCGUCAUAUGUAGAUAGCAAAAAUAAGAACGAACCUAACCUUGAAGAAAAUGAAAAUAAAAGGAAAUCCUUUUCUGGAGAAAGUGAAAGUGAGUCAGAAAAAAGUAUAAAUGGAGAGGGAUCUACAUCUGAAGAAAGUGAGAGUGAAAGUGAAUCGGAAAAAAGUGUAAAGAAAGAAGAAUCUACAUCUGAAGAAAGCGAAAGUGAGUCAGAAAAAAGUGUAAAGAAAGAAGAAUCUACAUCUGAAGAAAGCGAAAGUGAAUCAGAAAAAAGUGUAAAGAAAGAAGAAUCUACAUCUGAAGAAAGUGAAAGUGAAUCAGAAAAAAGUGUAAAGAAAGGGGGGUCUACAUCUGAAGAAAGUGAUAGUGAAUCAGAAAAAAGUGCAAAGAAAGGUGGAUCUGCAUCUGGUGAAAGUGAAAGUGAAUCGGAAAAAAGUGUAAAGAAAGAAGAAUCUACAUCUGAAGAAAGUGAAACUGAAUCUGAAGAGAGUAAAAAGAAAGGGGAAUUUAAAUCUAAAGAAAGUGAAAGUGAAUCAGAAAAAAGUGUAAAGAAAGAAGAAUCUACAUCUGAAGAAAGUGAAAGUGAAUCAGAAAAAAGUGUAAAGAAAGGGGGGUCUACAUCUGAAGAAAGUGAAAGUGAAUCAGAAAAAAGUGUAAAGAAAGGGGGGUCUACAUCUGAAGAAAGUGAAAGUGAAUCGGAAAAAAGUGUAAAGAAAGAGGGAUCUACAUCUGAAGAAAGCGAAAGUGAGUCAGAAAAAAGUGUAAAGAAAGAAGAAUCUACAUCUGAAGAAAGCGAAAGUGAAUCUGAUGAUAAUGUAGUCGAAACUCAAAGUGAAGAAGGAAAAUAA